AUGUAUGAUCGACACCCAGUCUACCCUCACCAACAGCAUCUCCCAUGGGCUCAUGAGCCCUGGAAAACCCUCUACGUCCUCCAACGGAUUCUCUCGACUCUCAUCCUCGUCCCAUGUUGGAUUGUCUACUAUACUUCCCUACCCCGCUCGUACCGUCCCCGACCUUCCUGGUCACUCACCCAGAUCGUCCUCGUCAAAUUUAUGAAGCGCAUCUACCGCGUCACGGAAGUCGCCGGUGUCACUUGGAACACACGCGAUCCGAAGGCAGAACCCAACGGCUCGACCUUGAGAGAAACGCGGUUCGCCUGGGUGCCCCCGUUGCCUGAACAACUGCGUACUGGAAUUGUCGAUGACGAGGAAGUCAGUUGCCAACAGGUCGGGACGUAUAUCUGGCCAAAGGAAAUCCCACCCAGAAUGUAUAUGCGGUGCGCCGAGCGAGGAAAAUUCAUAGAUACAGCACCAUCUCUGCAAAAUGUCAAGCAUGCGAAACUCUCGCAUCCAAGUGGUACGGAAGUCGAGGCCGAGAGUUCAAAUUCACGGGUCAUCGGCGUCUUCCUGCACGGUGGAGGGUACUGCCACAUGUCCGCUCACGAAAAAUCUGGGACGUCGAGGAUACCGCGACGCUUGAUGAAGGACAAACUCUUCGAAGAAAUUCACGCCGUUGAAUACCGCCUUCUUCAGCACGCUCCCAUUCCAGGCGCUAUCCAGGAUGCAGCUGCCGUCUACGCAUAUCUUGUCACACACCACUUGGGCGCUCAGCGUGGCGUGGAUGGCGUGGUCCUGAUAGGCGACAGCGCGGGUGGGAAUCUGGUGCUCGCCCUCGCACGUUGGAUUCGCGACGAAGGUGUGCUUCCCUCGCCGGAUGGGAUGCUUCUACUAUCCCCUUCCUGUGACCCAUCUCAUACACUUCCUCAAGUGCCUGCCUCCCGGCGCCCACGUCCACAUGCAUCUACAGACUAUCUUCUCGAUACGCCUGAGCCCCGCGCGGUGCUUCAGCGCGCAUUCCUAGGGCACCACCCUGUCGCAAUGGUCUACUCCCCAUACGUCUCGCCUGCAUCCGAGUGCGUCUUGGCCGCGUUCCAUGGGCGCGUAGGCAUGGAAGAGCUCGAACCUGCGCGCGCACAGCACGGAGAAGACGGCACUCGUGACUAUCGUGAGAACACUGGCACGGAUGCGGAAUCUGGCAUGCCUGCAGACUACGCAAAUCCGUACAUUUACGCGCCGAAUGGGCAAGGACUCUUUACAUCCUUCCCCCGCGCCCUCGUGGUCGCCGGCGAUGCGGAGCGGCUCGAGCGCGAAGUCGUAGCACUAGCGAAGGGUAUGGAGCACGACGGGGUCCGUGUGCAGAUGGUUUGGGCGCCAGAUGGCGUGCAUGAUAUCUUAAUGCUAAAGAGUUGGGACGAACGGGUUCGAGAGGAUGUAUGGCAGGCAAUUGGGCAGUGGGUCGCAGAGGUUGCAAGGGAAGAAUGA